CGAUAUCUCCUCCCCUCCAUGUCCACCUUUGGCACCGUCCCACGUUCCACAGGUCGUCCCGCUCCCGCAGGCUUGUCUAGUACAAGGAUGGAGUCGUCGGCUAUAUAAUAACUCGAGAGCAGGGCUUCGACCGGUCGCCCAUCUUGCAUCGUCUGCAUACAGUACAACAAGUCAGUCAGUCUACUAGUGCAAGACCGCACACUGCCGAAGAAAACACCCAACCGACCAACGACGAGCAUCCCGAUCCCCACCCCGCCAACGAUGACAGCCACCGACCCUACCCUCACCACCAUAACCCCACCCCGCCGCCCCUCCCAACGCCGUGCCCUCCUCCCCCUCUCCCUAGUCCCCUUCUUCCCCAUCCUCCUCAGCACCCUCCCCCUCAUCGGCACCUUCCUGCCCAGGUGGCUCACCUUCCUCCUCCCCCUCCUUCCGACCGCCCACAUCCUGCACACCUACACCCGCAAGUCCUCCACAACCCACAUCGUCCCCCGCCGCGUCACCGCCCAAAUCGACGGCGAUUUCGUCGUCUUCCUCAUCGGCGCCAAACUCAACACCUUGAAUGCGUGGACCGGCGGCGAGGGCAUAUGGACCGGCGAGGCAUUCGGGGCCAUGGUUGCAGAGUUACGGCAGAACCCGGAGCUGGGGUGUUUGGCCAUUGAGGAGUUUUUCGGGGCGGAUGGGGCCGCGACGGAUACGUUGAGCGUGCAGUAUUGGAGGAGCGCGGAGGAUCUGCAUCGGUAUGCGAGGGAUGGGAUGAGGAAGCAUCUGGGCCCGAUGAUGCGGUCUACCAAGAACUCCAAACUCAACCCACACCCCGACAUCGGCAUCUGGCACGAGACUUACUCCGUCCGCGCCGGCGAGUACGAGAGCAUCUACCUCAACAUGCCCGAGUUUGGGCUCUCCCGCGCAGGGAGAAUGGUUGACCCAGGACGUGCCCGCAUGACCAUGAUGCAGCGGAUGGGGAAGGUUGAGGAACCGGAUGUUGUGGAGGGGAUGAGGCCGUAUAUGGAUGAGUUGUGAGGAGGGGAGGAUCAUCGAUUGGAGGAGAUCUAUAUUUACUUCGGGUUACGACCGUUACCAAUGAGCAAUUACGAGAACGAAAGGAUCCCUGUGAAUUCAAGGGAUGCUCGCCAAGACCCGCCCGCCAGGAGAGCCACUGCGGGUUCGAGGAGAAUGACUUCGUUUCCCGAUCAUAUGACGGCAGAACGGUUGCAAUUGGCAGAGGGGGAGGGAGGUAGCCGCAGCAGCCGCAGGCGACUUGGGAAAUUGACUUUGUUCUGGGUGGGGUUCCACGCUGCCCCAUACUACGUAGUAGAUACGCUUUGUGACAUGCAUGAUCUGCUGUAACCCACUCCCACGAAUAGUGCAGAAUAUGUAGUGUUUACAUGUGAAUUGAAACUAGCAAAAUGCAUAUACAAACGAAUAAAACGGAUGAGAUCAUUGAAAACUAU